AUGACUAUCACACCUGAUACAUCGACGGGGUAUGUCCACAACCUGACGCCUACUCAAGAUGCCAAGCUGCGAGAACUCUGGGUUCUCCUCUUCACAUCUGCGGCAUCUGUCCUCUCGGCUGUAUAUGAAGUCGAGCUUCCAGAGGGUCCACCAAAUAAAUUGUUCGAAGUCUUAGAUCGUGUUCAUGAGCCAACAGUGGAAGCCAUCGUCGCCGCGCUGAAAAGCGAGGCUGAUACUGAGUUCAAAGAUGCCCCUGAGACACAGGGAGAAGGUAAAGAGCAGAAGUCGCUCGAUAAAGUGGACUCUUUGAUAAACAAGGAUGCAAAGACGAAUAUCAUGUCCGAAAUGGCUACGCGUAAAGUCACGCCGGAGCACUUCUCUGCCGUGUUCGCGUCACUACGGAAACGGGGGGUUCAAGAAUCAGAGAUCAAAUCCAUGGAAAAGAUCUUGUCGCAGAUGACACCCGAGGAAAUGGUCUUUUCGAUAUUGAAAAUGAUCAAGCAAGAAAAUCCGGAUAGUCUUCUGCUGCGAUUCCUGCGAGCCAGGAAGUGGGAUGUUGGAAAGGGUUUCGCGAUGAUGAUGUCCAAUAUUCUGUGGAGGAAGGAGGUGCAUGUCGAUGAUGAUAUCUUGCCUAAAGGGGAGCUGUAUGCUCUUGAGCAGUCUAGGGACGAGAAGCUCAGUGCCAAGGAGCAGAAAGAGGGAAAGGAUUUUGUUGCGCAAUUGAAGAUGGGAAAGAGUUUCCUGCAUGGAUUUGAUAGGCAGGGUCGGCCGGUUAACUAUGUGCGCGUGAAGAUUCAUAAGCCUGGCGCUCAGAGUGAAGAAGUUCUGGAGAGGUAUAUUGUCCAUGUUAUUGAGACGACGAGGCUGAUUGUGGUUCCGCCCAUUGAGACGGGGACUAUUGUUUUUGAUAUGACUGGCUUCUCUUUGUCUAAUAUGGAAUACCAACCGGUCAAGUUCAUUAUCAAAUGCUUCGAAGCAAACUACCCCGAAUCACUGGGCCAACUACUGAUCCACAACGCACCCUGGAUUUUCUCUGGAAUCUGGAGACUGAUUCAUGGCUGGAUGGAUCCCGUGGUAGCCUCCAAAGUCCACUUCACCCGCUCAGUCUCCGAUCUAGACAAAUACAUCUCCCGCGAUCAAAUCCCCCAAGAGCUUGCUGGCGACGAAGAUUGGAAAUAUAAGUACAUUGAGCCAGUAGCUGAUGAAAACGCCGUCAUGAAGGAUACCGCGACUCGCGACUCUCUUAUGUAUGAGCGCAUGAUGAUUGGGUUGCGGAUGCUCGCUGCUACCGCGGCCUGGGUUUCGGCGACGACGUUUGCUGAAGGGAAGGAGGACAAGGCGAAGGUGGAGGAGUUGAAGGCGCGCAGAAAUGCGGUUAUUGAGGAUUUCAAGAGUAAUUACUGGACGUUGGAUCCUUAUAUUCGGGCUAGGGCUAUUACUGAUCGAGAGGGUGUUUUGAAGGCGGGUGGGGAGGUUGUGAAAGGGCCGAAUGGGAGUGUGAAGUGA